AUGAAAGUCCCUAAAGAUCACCAGAUGAUCUUUGAGCCCACUGCAACCCCCAACCUCCAACAAUUCGCAUCAAUAGUCGACCACGAGACAGCCUACAUUAUCGUUCACAACACAUCCUCUUGGCGUAUCCUCGUGCGCAAAAACCCGCUUAUGGGACAAGCAAGCCCUGCAGACCAUUAUGCACAAGCUUUCCUCGUGGACUAUGUAGAAUCUGCUGAAGCAGCCGACCUGGCAACUGUAUCGACUCACAACCCCACGGCCAAAAUGCUCGUGCCCGAACAUAUGGCCUUAGAGUCAGCCUUAACCUACAUUCACCCAACUAGAGUCAAUAUCUACGACUCUAGUGACCCGGACGAACUCAACUAA